AUGCCCGAACCAAAGCGCCGCCACGCGGUAUCACCAGCUCACCACCCUCACGCUCCCCACUGUCAAACCUACAUAAUCCCCAAACCGCCGCAGCCAACGCGUCAUCAGAGACAAACCACAUCCAAGCCAGCAUAUUCGGCAAGAUUCCAAGUCAACCCCAUCAACUCCUCUCCUCGCUCUCCAACAAUCUACAGUGCUCGUGUAUACCCCAGACCACCACCGCCAUCGCCACGACACAGCAAACACCACUCCACCUCCCGCCACAGAAGCAGAAGCAGAAGCAGAAGCAGAUACUCUCAGUCUCACCGACGACGCAAGCAAGAUAUCCCAGAGGAAACAGCGGUAUACGAAGUACACUGCAGCACGAGCCAACGCUCCCGGCGCCGAAGAAGCGAUGACGCGGAUGAGACGCUAGUGUACGAAGUCUACAUCCGGGACGUCGACCCGAAGCAGGAGGCGCUCGAGUCGAGACGUCGAGAUCAAGGUCGAUGUAGAUGUGGGGUGGUGUGUCAGUGUUCGGCGACGAGGGUGCCCUCGAAGACUAGUAUAUCCACAAAGACGAGUAUGCCCACGAAAACAACGGCGGCGGCAUUGGAAAGCGUGGCGGAGAGUGUCAGGGCGGACUUUAAGAGGAAUAUGGGGGUUGCUUGGGAGAGGAUGAGGGGUUUGAAGGUCAGUGAUGAGGAUGAGGACAAGGCGAAUUUGAAGAAGAAGGUUAGGUUUGGGGGUGUGGAGGUCAGGAUUGUUGAUAGGCCGGAAGAUGAGGAAGAUGAUAAGAGUGAUCGGAAGAAUGUUGUGGAUGCAGAGACGGAGGAGUGGAGGAGGAUGGGGAAACAUGAUGCAGAUCGAUUGUGA